UGUUAAUAUGACAUCCGUUCAUCCAUUGCGGAUUUUCGAUGAGAAAUUCAACUAUAUCUACAAAAUCUGCUUGCAGAUCAGCUUACCGCCGGACGUUGCUUUCACAUUAUGUGAUAAAAAUUUCCCGGCCGAGAGUUUUGGUACGCUUACUGUAUCAGAGUGGGAAGCAGUGUUAGCUGGUACCGUGUUGAGUGGGACUGGACAGGAGGUGUUUCGACGAAUUUCUCAAUGGAAAACUGAUCAGGCAAUUGGUCCGAAUGAGAGCUGCAUUCCACCGUUGGAACCGAGUAUGUACAUGUUUCAGCUUGAACCCUCAGACAUACAGCCAGAUGAACCCUCAGACAUACAGCAAUUCUCCGGUACCAUGAAUACCCCGUGCAUCGAAUCCAAUGAUGCGGAUCCGAGAAAACUGUCCGAGAAGACUGGCGGUGAUAAUUGCCCCACAGGAGUAUUUUUUACCCAUUACGCGAUUUUCAAAAAUUGUGGAAUGGGUAAAAAUUAUGCAUUUUAA